UAUCUAAUGUUUUGUUUUCACAUCUUUUACUUAGUCUUCUUAAACAUUAUUUAUUACUUUUUACCAAGUUUUGUUAAUUAAAUUACCCAUGCGUUCAUUGUUCUUUUCUUCUUGUUAAAUGUUGUUAAAUUCGUGUUGUGAGUAAAUUUUUCUUUCAGAUUUGACUUGCUAAUUUUUAAAUGAAUUGUAAAAUAUCUUAGUUCUUAUUAAAAAUGGCAUUUCGUUGCUUGAAAUUAUUGAGAAAUGUAAGGAAUAAUACUGUAUUUCGUUGUAAUCUUAUAUCAUCUUCAGUACCAGUAGUAGAAGAGAAAAAAAGAAUUUCUAACCUUAAAGAAUACAAAACUGAAAAGAAUUUCCUGUAUCUAGAAGAUCCAGACACAUUUGGUACUUUAUCAUUAAAAUCUCCAUCACAUAGUGAUGAAUUACAAGAUGAAAGUGAUAUUAAAGAAGAACAGUAUUUACAGAAUCUACCACUAAAGUCACAAAAAUUGACCAUAAAACAAUAUGCAGAUUUAAUUAAGCAGUAUCUGAAGUAUAAUAGAUUGAAGGAAGCUAUUGAUGUUUUGGAAGUUAGAAUGUUAACUCAAGAUAGAGUAAAACCUGAGAAUUAUAUCUACAAUAUAUUAAUUGGGGCUUGUGCCGAGGUUGGUUUUACUAAAAAAGCAUUUAAGUUAUACAAUGAUAUGAAAAGACGUGCUCUUAAACCAACUGGGGAUACAUAUACAUGUUUGUUUGUGGCGUGUGCUAAUAGCCCUUGGCCUUCAUAUGGCUUGAAAAAUGCAAGACAUUUACGUUCACUUAUGAUUGAAAAAGGAAUUGAACCAAACUUGACUAAUUAUAAUUCAAUGAUUAAAGCAUUCGGUCGAUGUGGAGACAUAUCUGAAGCAUUUAAAAUAGUUGAUGAAAUGGUUUCAAAAAAAAUUAAAAUAAGAGUUCAUACAUAUAACCAUCUUUUACAUGCUUGUAUAUCGGACAAAAAUUUGGGAUUGAGACAUGCUCUAAUAGUUUGGAGAAGGAUGCUCAAGUCCAGAGAGAAACCUAAUAUUUAUUCAUUUAAUCUUAUGUUGAAAUGUGUCAAAGAAUGUAAUUUAGGUACUAAGGAAGAUAUUGAAGAAUUAAUAGGUAUAAUUCAAAAUUUGAUUGAUGUUACAAGACCUGUAACACUACAAAUUGAGUCUAAAGGUGAGACUGCACUAUCUAAUAACCAAAAUAGUAAGCAAAUGCUUCUAGUGUCAUCUACAAAUCCAGUUAAUAAUGAAAGCAGCAGUAAUAUAAGAUCCAUGGCGGAAAAAGUAAUUAGUUCAGGUGAAACUGUAACAAAUAGUCAAUCAAUUCCAGUAACAGAUAAUAAACAAAUAACCAUUAUUAAAGAUGAUGAGAAUAUAACUUUAGAAUUUGUUGGAAAAUUGGCUAAACCAGCUACUGUAACAGAGAAAAGGACAGUACCAAAUCUACUUUCAAAAGUGUUACAAAUGAAAGAAGUACUGGCAUUGCAAGAGAUUGGUUCAACACAAGAAAAAUUUGCUGUUUUGGGGGGAAUGGAAGAUUUUCUCAAGGAAAUGAAAGAAGUAAAUGUGACGCCUGAUAUUAAAAUAUUUACACAAAUGCUACCAUUGAUUGAAGAGUCUAGAGAAGCUGAAAUGCAAUUAAUUGAUACAAUGAAGGGUUUUGAUAUUAGAGCAGAUAUAGAUUUUUACAAUAUGUUAAUUAAAAAAAGAUGUUUGAGAUGUGAUUAUGAUGGUGCAUUUGAUAUAGAGCAUAUGAUAGACGAAGAAAACAAAUUUCUGAAAAAAAAAUAUCCACUGAAGAAAAAAUUAAGGCUAAAACGUAACAUAAUGACUUAUGGUGUACUAGCUAUGGCAUGUAAAACGAAAGAGCAUGCUGAAAAAUUACUAAAUGAAAUGAAGUCUGCACAAAUAAAAAUCAACAUAGAAAUCUUAGGAACGCUGCUCAGACAUGGCACUGCACAUGCUAGAUUCAGCUAUGUAGUUUAUGUAAUGAACAUUGUAAAGGAAGAAAACGUUAAAAUAAAUGACAUAUUCCUUAAACAUUUGGAAGAAUUCAAUGAUAAGUGCUCAAGUAUAAUUCAGAGUAAAGAAAAUAAACAAUCAGACACAUUUGUAAAAUCCUAUGAAAAGUUUUCAGAGUUUUAUAAGAAUUGGUUGAAAGAUCUCAAUGUUGAGGAGGCAUUGAAACCAGAACAUCCUUGGUUACAAUUUCAAGUAUCUUAUCCAGACACAAUUCAACAUCAAAACAUAAAAAUUGUAGAGCCUAAAAAGUUUUAUAAAAGAAAUAAGAAAUAUGUCGAAUAUAAAGUAAAAAAUUAGAAUAAAAUACAAAUCAUUUCUAAA